AUGCUGAACCUUCAUCUAGCCGCCAUCUUAGUGGUGCCCAUAUCGGUCGCGCUCUUCAUUCUCCGUGGUGUUUAUCGAGCCUAUUUCCAUCCUCUCGCCAAAGUCCCAGGCCCGAGACUUUAUGCCGCCACCGAUAUUCCUUAUCUCUAUCAUCUUGUGCAAGGUCGAUGGCCGCAUAGAUUGAAGCAGCUGCAUGAUCAAUACGGCACCGCAGUUCGGUACACACCUCGCGAUGUCUCCUUUAUUACAGCCGGUGCUUGGAAGACCAUUUACGGGCACCAGAACAACACAUCAAAGAACUUUUCCAAAGAUUACCUAGCUUAUCGCGAACCAAAGCCUGGUCAGUCACAGAUCAUCCAGGCCAUCGACUCUGAUCAUAAGCGCAUGCGUCGCUCUCUGGCACACGCCUUUUCAGAGAAAGCUCUGCGCAACCAAGAGGACGUAAUGAAUCAGUACGUUGAUGCCUUCAUCGCCAAAAUGGCAGAAAAGGCUUCAAAACAAGAGGCACUCGACAUAGUCUCUUGGUAUAACUUUACUACAUUUGACCUUAUCGGUGACCUGGCCUUUGGCGAGCCCUUUGGAUGUCUCGAAAGCGGAGGAUACCACCCUUGGGUUGCCAUGAUUUUCGAGACCAUCCAUAAUGGCGUUUACUACCAAUUGUUUCAAAGAUAUCCAAUGCUCAAGAGGUUGGCUCCCUUUCUCACUCCGGCCAAGCUCGUAAAGAGCCUGCAGGACCACCAGGAACUCACCAGGAAGACUGCCUUGCGCCGCAUCGAGACUGGCAACACGGAACGCGAGGACUUUAUGUCGUAUAUCCUCCGACACAAUGAUGAAAAGGGAUUGACCACUGACGAAAUCAUUGCAAACUCGAGUAUUCUCAUCAUUGCUGGCAGCGAGACCACAGCUACACAGCUCAGCGGAACAACUUUUCAAUUGUUGACUAAUCGGGAAAAAUACGAUAAACUCGUCUCUGAAAUACGGACCACUUUCACCUCCAAGGAUGAGAUUACUCUAAACAGUGUCAACAACCUAAAAUACCUGCUAGCUGUCUUUGACGAGGGUUUUCGAAUGUAUCCUCCCGUGCCCGUCGGGCUGCCUCGAGUGACUCCUCCAGGUGGCGCCUCGAUUGAAGGCUACUGGAUACCGCAAAACACGGCUGUAUCUAUACCUCAAUGGUCGGCAUAUCAAUCUGAGCACAACUGGGUAGAGCCACAGCGCUUCAUCCCCGAGCGGUGGAUGGGUGAUGCCCAGUUCGCUGGCGACGCCAGAGACGUGCUCCAACCCUUCUCCGUCGGUCCACGCAACUGUAUCGGACGCAACCUUGCUUACGGAGAGAUGCGCCUCAUCUUGACCCGACUCUUGUGGCACUUUGACCUGGAACUCAUGGACGAGAGUAAAGAUUGGGCCGCCAACCAGAACAUUUGGACACUAUGGAACAAAGGCGCCAUGCACGUCAAGUUGACGCCGGUACAUUGA